AUGCAGGGCAGUUUUAAGAUACAACUGAUAAACAUGGGGACGAGGGCGGCGGCUUUCACUGCGAAGAUUCGGAGCCUGUAUGACUGCCAGCUGCGGCUGAUGCACAACAUACAGCCCCUACCAUCGGGCACGGAUAUCGCUAACACCGUCAAGUACUUCUCGCAGACACUUCUAAGUGUAUUGAAAGAUGUACCAAGAUCUCCCUUAGAGAUGAUACGUGAUGCCGACAAUGACGCAGAAAGAAUGGGGUUAUAUCCCAACUUAGAUUACAAGGGGCUUUUUAAUGCAAUAUCACAGCUUGUCGACUCUGCUCCACAUUUACAAUAUGGGAUACAAGCGUUUGGUCAAGCUGUCCUGCAGUGCCUAGGGUGCUUGCUACCUUUCCUGGAAUAUGAUAUGAUAGACAACUUACCAUAUCUUGUGGCGUACUGUGUGGCAGUCUUUCCAGCGACGUUGCACCAGGAAAUUCUAAAUCUGCUGUGCUAUUACAUACUGCCGUUUACCAUCACACGUAGAUACUCCGGGAUGGAGGAAGAAAGUGAGGCGUCUCAGUCCGUCGGUGCCAUUAUUAUGAUGGUAUUCCAGCAUUCGAACAAUCCUGCUCAUCACUGCCAACUCCUGGAAUGUCUCAUGUCUAUGAAGCAGUGGGUGGUCAAGGAUUUACUCUGCGUGAUCGCAUACGGAACAUGCGGUGCGCGAGUUUCUGCCGCAAAGUUACUGUUCUACUACUGGCCGCCCUUCGACGCCAAACUCUUCGAUAGAAAGGGCUUACUUUGUAAAUUUUCCAACGACCUGGUGCCAUUCCUGUGCCAGCGCGACAUGUGCCCGAACGCGGGCGCUGCUGAAGCGGCAAAGGUCUGCUACGACCACUGCAUCAGCGUCACCUUCGCGUCUGACACACCACCGCCCUUGUACCUGUGCAUUGAAUGUGCCAAUGAAAUACACAGGGAACAUCCUAAUCAACGUUUCUUUGACAUCCUGCAUCCUCAGCAGCAAGUUUCGAUGGUUUGCGAGAAUAAGAAUUGCCGAUCAACAGAUAAAGCCGCUUAUUCGAUUUGUUUCUCGAACGAAUGUGCCAGCUACAAUGGAAAUCAUCCAAUCAGGUACUGCCAGCAGUGCCACGGCAAUCGGCACAACAGCCGUCGCGGCGGCGACCACGUGGUGCACACGCGCCUACCACCCGCCUGGCAAAUGGACAGCGACAUGCAGACCAACCUCGUCGAGGCCAUCAUCAGCCUUCUGAAGGAAGCUAAGCCAAUAAAUAUGGAGGAUCCUGACAGUAUUUCGGAACAAAUAAAGUCGCCUCUUAAGGUCACCCUUCCAGACCCGAUACCUGUUGAGGAUAGACAAUUGCUUGGACGGUAUGGAGUGUGGCUGAUGGUUGGUCUCUGCACUCCAAACCCUGACACCCCAGAUGAAGUUCUCGGACGUUUACUGUCAGUUCUUUUUCACUGGUUUCAUGUCACCUCUUUCUCAUACACGGGUGAAACUGCGAGUACGGUAGAAAAGCUGAAGGCAGAGCACGUGUGCCCGUGGCUGCGCGACAUCGCGGAGCGGCAGCGGCGCGUGCUCGUGGCGUGCCUGCUGCCGCACCCGCCGGACCACACGCGCCAGGCCGGCCACUGGGACACGCUCGCCUCCAAGGGCGUGCACUUGCGGGACGGGCUCAACAGAUUGUACUGCUUAAUCCCAUAUGGCAUCAUUACUCAGUCUAUAUGGGACUAUAUCAUGCCUGCUUGGAUGGAAGCUAUAUGCACUGAUGUACCUGAAAAGGAGUUACUUGAAUUAAAAGUACCCGUGGCUAAAAUUCUGGAACCGGAUUGUAGUAUGGUGGGCAUGGACGAACGCAACUUAUAUAACUUCGCGACUCUUAAAGUGACGGACAAACCACGUCCAGACACAGUUCUACCAGUGCUUGAAUGGUUUCAGACAAUAUCGUUGCUGGAUGUAAAGAUUCCUCUGUCGACGCUAUUUGAUCUGUUCAGUCACUGUGUGGUCAACUUGCCUGAGAAGAUCUGUAAACCACCUGAGGACAAUAAAACAAAAACUGAAACUAAUGAAUCUCCGCCGAUCGAAAAGGAAAAAGACAAAGAUGAUCAAAUGAAGCCACAGAAUCUCACUUGCUGUAUUCUGAUGCUUGACAUACUUUUAAAACAGAUGGAGUUACAACAUCAUCGUAUAAAUAUUCAGAACGUCAGCAGUGAAGCCACGAAACUACUUCGUUUGAUGUUGAAAUCUAACCAAAUGAAUACUAUUGAACAUGCGGAGUGCCGGUCGGGCGGCGCGUGCGCGUACUGCGAGGCGGCGGCGCUGUGCCACCAGCUGGCCGUGCGCCUGGUGCGCGCGCUGGCGCCGCGCGCGCUCGCCGAGCAUGCUUCGAUCGAAGAAUGGUCAGAGCAGCAGCCUAAACGUGUGUCAGAAGACGAACGAAGCAAAUCAGGAGACACACCGGCCUCCGCAGAUGUACUACUGCCGCAUGCACUUGCUCACCCAUUGGCCGACAAGGCCUCCGUUGGUGGCGUUUUGGUGCACAUGCCACAUUUUGUUCAUUUCAUGCAACUGUCACUAAUAAGCGACGUCGGUUCGGACGCCACACUGACGAAAUCGUCAGGCGAUACUCAAAUAAUGACGGCGACGGUGGAGACGAUCACAGAGCAGCUCGACAUGGCAGUGUCUCUGCCACCGGCUGAGCAGCCUCCUGUCGCUACAGCACACUCUGUCACUCUUACUGAUACUGACGUCGCUACUGCUACUGCUAAUAUAUCAACGCCAAACCUUUUGGGUGAUCAUGAAGGCGAAUUAGUGGAAGAAGACAUGACAAAUUUUUGGCCAACCUCUGCCGGAAAGUUUCAUUUUUGCAUCGAUGAGCUACCUCAAGAGCUGCAAUACAUCCAUCAGCUAUUACAGGAGCUGAAAAAUACCAAACGCCCAGAUGUCUUGUACCACUUAUUGCAGUGUCUUCAAGUUCUUGUAUUGAAUACUGAUGCACUUGCUGAGCACAAAGGAUUUUUGAUUUGGUGUCAAGAGAAUUUACUUAUCGAUAAUCUGUGGAACGUGUGUGACGCAGCGCAGUCGCACAUAAGCUCUGUGGCAGUACCCGUGCUACUUCACUGCGUUACGCUGGCGGGUGGUGCGGACGUAUUCUGUGCUCUCGUACGAGACGCCUUCCAUCACCCCGACUACACACAUAGAUUCACAGCUGUUGAAAGGGUCACGAUGCUCAUCAGAUUUAUGGACGGAUCUCCCAUAAAAACCAGUUUGCCACUACAGACAGCUCUGGCUACAGCGUUCUGCUACCUCAUAUCCAGUAUGGACGACAUCAGCGUUUACGUUGCACAACGCGCCACGCUCUACAUCGGCACUAUUCACGAUAACGCUAUUAAGCUUCUGCUGUACUGCUUGGAGACACAGUUCGAUCUGGUGGUAGUAGAUCGACCCAUGAUCCUGCAGUCCGUUUAUCAGCUUCACAACACCCUCAGCGACAGACGCAUCCUCACCUGGGAGUUCUUCCACAACCGUUUCGAAGCGUUAUUCCUCGAGGCUCAGCUCAAUUCGAACAAGAACACCGACAUCACCAACACGAGAGGGGGGGCGGGGGGCGCGCCGCGCUCGCUGGCCGCGUCGUUCGGCGCCAAGUGGCCGUACAAGCGCACCGUGUCCGCGCCCGCCGCCGUGCCGCCGCCCGCGCACCGCGCCGGCAGCGAACGGGAGAAGGUGUACUCGCGUCAGUAUUCAGCGCCACUGCUGAAACGCAAGACGUCACGCUUUGGACUGGGUCUCGGACUGUUACCUCACGCUCCUCCUACUUCUCGUACUUCCAAUUCCCACGAGGAAACAUUGUCAACGGUUGUACCCAAAGCAGCUGAUUUGGAAGAAGCUGACAAAGAAACUGCAAAUCUUUUAGUCUUUCUUUUGAUGCAGUUUUUAUCCAGAGCGGAUCAAGCACACCCAACAGAAGACAAAGCUGUUCAAAAAACUCAAGACUUGGUACUCCGACACCUGUUCACGUUGCUCGGAUACAACUCUGUUGAAAAGUUUUUCACUAUAUCACCACAUACUCUUCGGAUGUCAUCAAUAUUUAACGCAUUUAUGGCGAAUCUACCGCAAGUGUUGGAUCAGAACCACGUGAUGGGUGCCAGCAUCGCUGAACCCACGCUCAUGUUAUUACAGCACUGCAGUCGGCCGGCGCUGUCGGCGGGGAGCGCGGGGAGCGCGCACACGCUGGCGGCGCUGGAGCCGCACGUGCGGCGCCACUGGCUCAUGGCGCUGCUGGUGCUGCUGUACAAGUACCACUACAGCAGCGGGCCGCUGUGCACGCUGGUGGGGUCGCUAGUGCGCUGCGUGCUGCAGUCAGUGGAGGCGCAGCACCACCAGUGCAAGCGGAUCCCACCCGUGUUGCUGCUGCACCACCAGCAGACCUACCCGCCGACCUACCAGCACUCGAUGCCUCAGCGGACUCGAGAAACUCGUGAACAGCCAGCAAAACCAGAAGAACCUAAUGCCAAGUCUCCAGCACAUUGGCCCGAGCCGCCAGAACCUGCCAAGUACAAACAGUGGAGCCUGGAGCAGGAGUCGUCAGAGAGCGAGCUGAUCGCAAUCCCGGAGACCAGCGAUAAGUCUGACACUACUGUGCAUGGAAGCACUGCACCGGGUUCAUUCGACGAACCCUCACACUACGAUGACCCUCCAUUUGUGGGUCACUCACAGACCGUCGUCUCACCUUACCCGACGCACAGUAAAAUUACUGCACACGGAUCUCGAUCAGGUCAACAGCACUCAACAAGCUCAUCUGCCUCCAUCGGGAGCGACUCUUCUAAUCUCAAAUCGACGCCGAUGAGCGGUCACUCAGUAGAUAUCUGGCCCGAUCAGCUGCACCAGCAGAACUCGCCGCGAUCCAAGAUACUAGGCAAGCAGAAGAGGAUUCAGCUGGCAGCAGUACAUCCCCCGACACGGCUGCGUCAUCCAACGGGGACGCUCUACACGCGCCCCACUCUCACGCACAUCACGCCCUACUCAAAAGUCCCGUCGGCGACUGUACCGGAAGCCGUGAUGUCUGACGCAGGCGUGGCGUACGCAUCCCCCGAGUCGCCGCUGUCCAAGAUGGAGCUGGCGUGGAGCGCGCCCCCGCCCGCCCCCGCGCCCGCCCUCCCCGCGCACCCCUUCCACAUCGCACCGCCCGCUGUCGAGAGACUUCUACCGAUCGGACCCAAACCGAACAAGGAACAGUACCCAGUAUUCAACGCCCUCGUUGACAGAGUGAGAGAGGCCCUCAACGUUCCUGAUGAUUCGACAGAGAGAACGGAGUCCAGCGAACACGAGCCGCGGGUUAGUGACUCGCGGGAGCAGCAGAGAUCCCCACGACGGUUGGCACGUCAGGUUGCUCAAUUAGGUUCACCGCCUGCACCUAGACCGGUCUCUGCUGAGUCGAGUGUGAAUGGUUGUCCCUUAACACACUCGACAGAUGCCCCUGGGGCUCGCGCGGAGAGCGGCCAGGGCUGGUGGGGCGGAGGCCGGCGCGCCGCGCGACGAGCCGCGCACGCCGCUUGCGAGUCUUACCGCCCUGACGCUACUCUGAGGUUCCGCUGUGGCGAGUGUGGCGGUGCCCUGGAGCAGUACAGCGACGAGGAGUUAGGGCUAUGUGUGAUCGUGCUGGCGACCUUCGUGAGACGUGAGCCCGCCGCUGCCGCUGCGAUGCUACCCGCACUGCUGCACAGCGUCACCAGAGUGGUUCAACUAGGCAGCUACAGCUGGCAGGCAGAGAGCAGCACCCGCCUGCCCGGCAGCGCAGUGUUCGUGGCGCACCAGUUCCUGCGCUGCGUGCUGCACCAGCUGGCGCCGCACAACGUCUUCCUGCAGCUGUUCCUGCAGCGGACUCCUGAAAAACAAAGGCAAAUGUUCUUCAAGAGCGUCGCGCAAGCGUUCGUGGAUUUUAAUGAAUUAUAUCCGUGUGGGCCACUACAACUUCUCAUUGAACACCUCAACUCGAAGAAGACUCUGCCCAUUGAUCAAAUGGGCGUGAUCGCCGGCAACAUGGCGAUGUACCUGGAGUGCCUGGCGCCCGAGGCGCUGGGCCCGCUCAGCGCCUGCAGCGCGCUGCUGGCGGCGCUGGAGGCGCUGCUGCGCGCCGUGGCGCUGCAGCUGCCGCAGCUGGACGACGCGCUGCCGCUGCUGCGCGUGUGCGCCGCCGCGCUGCGGGUGCCGGCCGCCACGCACCACAAGAGCCUCCUAGAGCCCAUGUCGAAGAUCGUCUCGUACGCGGUGCAAAACUUUCCAGUAAGCCUGUCAGUAGUGAGCGAAGUGAGCGCGGGUUGCAUUCGAGCCUUCGCUCGUGACCGCGACAAGCUACUGCUGUGCCGCGUCCUGGUGUACGAGCUACUGCACGCGCUGCGCACUAAAACCACCGUGCCCGACGACAACCUGUUCAUCCUGCUGCAGUUCGUACUGCAGGGACAUGGAGCAACGCUCCUAUUACCCCCACAACUGCAAGCAGGUGAAUUACUAUUGGGGGGAGCGGAUGCACGUGAGCUUGGCGGCGCUCCCGUGGACUGUAUGCGACCUCACCUAGCUGACAUGCUGGAACUACUGCAUGAUCCUCACCUGCUCAAUAAGAUUAAGGGCUCGGUCUCCAAGUCGAUCGUAAACCGCAACCUGAUCUGCCUGAAUGAGGACACACUAGGUGCUAUAGUGAAGGGUGGCAUCGCGCAGUAUGUUGCCGUGGAGCUGGCGCUAGAGCAGAGUCGCGGCAAGCAGGAGCGCGCUCCGCGACACGUGCUACCCUGGCUCGCCUUGCCGCCGCCCGGGUCGCGCGACGUGGGCGAGUGCGUGGGGCGCGUGCGGCAGGUGUCGUGGGUGGUGCUGGGCGCGCUGUGCAACGCGCGCGGGCAGGCGCUGCAGCUGGCCGUGCCGCUGGACGCCACGUGCCACCUCACCGACCUCGUGCAGGUGUCGUGGGUGGUGCUGGGCGCGCUGUGCAACGCGCGCGGGCAGGCGCUGCAGCUGGCCGUGCCGCUGGACGCCACGUGCCACCUCACCGACCUCGUGCAGGUGUCGUGGGUGGUGCUGGGCGCGCUGUGCAACGCGCGCGGGCAGGCGCUGCAGCUGGCCGUGCCGCUGGACGCCACGUGCCACCUCACCGACCUCGUGCAGGUGUCGUGGGUGGUGCUGGGCGCGCUGUGCAACGCGCGCGGGCAGGCGCUGCAGCUGGCCGUGCCGCUGGACGCCACGUGCCACCUCACCGACCUCGUGCAGGUGUCGUGGGUGGUGCUGGGCGCGCUGUGCAACGCGCGCGGGCAGGCGCUGCAGCUGGCCGUGCCGCUGGACGCCACGUGCCACCUCACCGACCUCGUGCAGGUGUCGUGGGUGGUGCUGGGCGCGCUGUGCAACGCGCGCGGGCAGGCGCUGCAGCUGGCCGUGCCGCUGGACGCCACGUGCCACCUCACCGACCUCGUGCAGGUGUCGUGGGUGGUGCUGGGCGCGCUGUGCAACGCGCGCGGGCAGGCGCUGCAGCUGGCCGUGCCGCUGGACGCCACGUGCCACCUCACCGACCUCGUGCAGGUGUCGUGGGUGGUGCUGGGCGCGCUGUGCAACGCGCGCGGGCAGGCGCUGCAGCUGGCCGUGCCGCUGGACGCCACGUGCCACCUCACCGACCUCGUGCAGGUGUCGUGGGUGGUGCUGGGCGCGCUGUGCAACGCGCGCGGGCAGGCGCUGCAGCUGGCCGUGCCGCUGGACGCCACGUGCCACCUCACCGACCUCGUGCAGGUGUCGUGGGUGGUGCUGGGCGCGCUGUGCAACGCGCGCGGGCAGGCGCUGCAGCUGGCCGUGCCGCUGGACGCCACGUGCCACCUCACCGACCUCGUGCAGGUGUCGUGGGUGGUGCUGGGCGCGCUGUGCAACGCGCGCGGGCAGGCGCUGCAGCUGGCCGUGCCGCUGGACGCCACGUGCCACCUCACCGACCUCGUGCAGGUGUCGUGGGUGGUGCUGGGCGCGCUGUGCAACGCGCGCGGGCAGGCGCUGCAGCUGGCCGUGCCGCUGGACGCCACGUGCCACCUCACCGACCUCGUGCAGGAGACUGCCGCUGUCGUCCUAGAGAGCAUCCUGGCGGUGUACGCAGAGGGCGCGGAGGGCCGCACUAGCGCAUUGUGUGCGGCCUUCGUGCUGUGUCAGCUAUGGACGCUGUACGCGCAGCGCGCCGCAGCACAUGACCUACUCCUACACUUCUGGAGCAAGCUGGUCCCCCCACUGGCGCAGCUGACGCACACAUCACGCGCAUUGGCGGAAACAGUUAACCUGCACUUCUUAAGUCUGCUGGAGUCCUUGCUAGAAUGCAACUCGACGGUUCUGAACAAAUUACUACCACUAUGGGCGCCUAUUCUUCAUUCGCCGCUAUUUGUCAUGCCGCGCCACGUGUCGGGGCGCCUGCGCGCGGUGGCGGAGGCGCGGCCGGCGCGCGCGGCGGCGCCCGAGGCGCGGCGCCUGUGCCGCCUGCUGGCGCGCCUGGCGCAGCUCGAGCUGCAGCCGCACGCCUUCUACUUCGUGUAGUCUUAUCGAACGCCACACUAAUGUAUUGCUAGUCAAUAAAUUAUUAAGAUGUUCA